AUGGUACAUACAGAUGCAAAUGAUCAGUUUCUUAAAAUAAGUGGUCAACAGCACACACAUUUAUCAUCACCAGAACAUGUUCAAGUUCGUAAAUUAAGAAAACGUAUGAAAGAUCGUGUUACACAAGAAAAUAUUGCUAUUGGAAAAAUUUAUGAUGAUGAACUGGCACGAUUACAGCUUAGUCAAACUGCUCUUGUUGUUGCACCAACAGCUGAAGAAGCAAAUAAGUUUACAAAAGCAGCAAUAAUUAAAACAUCUAUUAUUGAUUUUUACAUAGAAUCUGAUAUGAAUCGUGUUCAGCGGCAACUUACUCUAGUUUUACCUGAAUGUUGUAAUUUUGAAAUACCUGCUCCAUAUUCUGAAACUAUUAGUGGUUGUCGAUUUUUGUUGUCUGACAUUAACAUGAACAAGAAACGUAUUGUUUUAUUCGCUACAGAUCGACAAGUACAACUUUUUUCAAAGCAAAACAUGUAUUAA